AUGUACAGAAGGUAUAUUUGGAGUAGUAUUUUCCGUGAUGUUAAUUAUAGAUUUAAGAAAGUAUAUCAUUCAUUUUAUUAUGCACAAAGUCAUAUAAAAUAUGUCAUGUUAAUAUUAUUUCCCGGAGUUAUAUGGUCAACUAGAUAUAGAGCAGAUACGAAAUUGGGAUAUUUUUUUUAUAUCAAUGAUGAAAAACUAUAUCCUCGUAUAGAUGAUAAUACAAAUAAUAAUGAUAAUUAUAUUGAUAAAUAUAUGAGUUAUACAAAAAAAUUAGUAAAUAAUAAAAAAUGGGUUAAUGGUACAAAAUUGUAUUUAAAUGAUGAUGUAACUGUUCAAAACGCAAAAAAAAUUAUUUAUAAAAAUACAGAAAAUAUUCCUAAAAAUAUUAAACUUGGAUGUAAAGGAAGAAUGAUGGAUGAUAAUGAUAACUUAGCUUUAGCAGUUAGAGCUUUUUGUAAAAGAGAUCCAAAAAUAAUUAUUUGGAAAGAUGAACAUGCUCAGUUUGUUUAA